AUGGUGAAGCCAACCUUUACUCUUGCGGGACUUUUAACCCUCAGUUCCGAGGCUCUAGCUAGUCCUGAUCCAUAUUACUUCAUUGCAGGCGUCGAGACGAGUAACCCUGGGUCUUCAAUCAACGGCCUAAACUUUCGUGACGACCCCCAGUCUAACGGCGAUGCCUUGGUAACCUUGGUUGAAUGUGGCAACUUCCUCUACCUUGACGACAAGACUAAUAACCUGGCUCUGAUAGAUUACGAGAAUCAUAUUGUACUAGGCACCGGCUACAUGGACGAUUCCUCUGCUCAUAACUUUCCUGCUUUCGCGAUAGACGGGCGUAUCACUGUCGGUUCAAGACGCGGAUAA